AUGUACCUUUUCAGCUGGCUUUUCAAAAACCACCCUCUGGCCAUGGCGACCAUGGACGAGGUACCAUAUCGGUCACCCGUACCCCUUCAAUGGGAACUGGCUCGACAGACAGAAAUUUUCCUCGAGGAUAGCCUAUGGCCGCAAGCAUAUAGCCUUCUCUUCAAUGUCCUUGCAUCGGGCACUAUCUCAUCAACAAAAGCAGUGGUUCCACUGCCGCAGCAUCUGGCCGUCGCAGCUACGAUGCUCGUGCAUCCAAGAACCACAACGCGCGCCGAGUCGGAGUACGAAAAAGAAGCACCCAACGCAGCUUUGCGAUUUCUUCGAUUGACUAAUUCCCUUGUUGGUCCCACGGAUGCAAGGUUUAAUCUCGCUUUUGGGUUCACCCCGUUUGCAUCUUCUCGACAGGGUAGGCGGCGUGCGGAAAGCCCGAUGCUCGUUGAGCAUGACAAUCCUGAUACCAGGCCUCUGAAUACGAAAUUCAACCAAGCUUCUUCAGUGUGGACCUGUGCAGAGGACUUUUGGCACGCCGUUGGCUGGGCAUUCAAUUGUUCGGUACUUCACCCGGCUCGGUGGGAGCGCUGGCAAAUAUGGCUUCAGUUUAUGUGCAACGUACUGGAAGAUGAUUGGAAAGAGCGCGAAAAAAAGUAUCAAGAGGCAAAACAAAACCAAAGAGAUACAUCAGUUUGGUCGGAGAGGUCUGAGAGAUCGGAAAGAUCUGAGAGGGAGGCCUCGCAAGGCGCUGAACCGGGCAAGAAAGAAAGACGCAGGGGCAGAAAAACUAAGGUGGAGGUGCAUGAUGACCUUGCAAUCUUUCGGGAAAGUCUGAUCUUCCGUUACAUCGCCUCAAACACCACACCUGGACGGGACCGCAGAAUCAUGCGGGCAAUCUUUGCCAAUGGCAAAUCAAAUAUCGGCGAGUUCAAGGAGGUAUUCAAAGACGAGCUGAGAAUUCCUGUCCCUGAACAAGACUCGCUUAAUACCAAGAAGAGGGCGGGUGAUAUCAAUCUCGACAAGGAUGACUAUGGCGACUACCUGAACAAUUCAGGCGAGGAUUUCGAAUCUGAUCAAACCUCAACAUCGGUAUCACCUCCAGCCAAGGAAUCGAACGCUAGUAAGCCACGGCGCAGCAAGCGAACCCGACGCGGAACACGAAACGCCAUGGACGAAGCCGCGGAUCCUGUCAAGAUGCCGAACGCAAACCAACCACCUUCCCACGCAAACAAUCUAUCUCUGCUAGGCGGAUAUAUCUCCCUCGCGCUCCGCCAGCAACUCCUCAGUAUCCUCUCUAGCGUAUCGGAAAAACUGCCCCGGGACUUCAUGCCCCUAGACGAUCUCUACGACAUGUUCGUCGAGAACAUCCGCGACCUCUCCCUCCCGAUCUUCCAACACUUCAUCAGCCCCUCCAACCUCCCGCACCUCCAACCCGAAGCGCACUCCACUCUCUGCGAACUCCUCCUCUUCGUCCUCCGCGAGAGCUCCGCCCCCAGCUCCGAUGAUAACUACCUUACCCAGGCCAAGCUGGAGAAAUGUUUCCUCCCCUACGCAGCGGCUACCCCGAACGUCGGCAACAAUGCCAAGGUCUCCAUUCUGCUCGAGGCGUUGAUGACACUCCUGCAUAAGACCAAAAUGCUCUCUGUGACCCCGUCGCUGGCGGAAGCUGUCCGGUCUGGGAUUGCGCGUCGUGAGAAGGCUAGUCGUGAUCGGGGCUCGGUUGAAUGGGCCUACUUGCAGGAGAGUGGGUUCAGGAUGAAGUUUAUGGUAGAGCAUAUCUUACCAUGA